AUGCAGCGACUUGGCCUAGUGGAGUGGGACAAGCCUUUGUUCCUCUUUCUGCUCCUCAUUGCCUGGACGAAAGAUUCAGAUAUCGGAGCUGAAGAUCUCUUCUAUUACAGUUUCUGGCUUUAUUACCAAUCAGCGGAGAUAUUAGCAGAGAACUAUGGGUUCUGUAUUCCAACAGAUCUGGAGUGUGCAGGAUGGAAAUUUGAUAAAUUUGAUUCCAAGGAGAAGAGUGUUACUAUCUUUGCCUGUUUAGCAAAUUUCCCUCAUGACGUACAAGUUGAUAUCCAAGAUGGCCAUGAGAGUGUCGAGUUCACAGACCUUCCUAGAAGAGUGGGACUGGCAGACAGUGAGGAACCAAAUUCACUUGUGACUACCAUCUUUGUCAGUUGUACAAACUCAAGCUAUGUGCCUGUGACACACCUGAGGACCGUCACCCCGGAGUCCUCUUUUUUCAACUUUCCAAACUUCUUAUCUGCUAACAGCUAUCAGGUGAGACUUAGUCCCAGUGCUGCUCUAGAUGCUAGAGUGGUGAAUCUGUAUGUCUUAACAUUCAGAGCAAGCUGUCCAAGAGAGACGACAAGAGAUGCUCAACUCAUUGUUCAAGUUAAUGAAGCAGAGAGAUUAGUGUGCAAUGAAGGAUAUACUGGCAUAGGACGGUCGCCUAUACAAGUUUCAGAAGAUGUUCCACCUGGAGAAAUAAUCUACAGAACUGUCUUGAAGAGGCGGGGUAGAGGCACACUGUCCUUCACCGUUGAGGACUCUUCCUUAUCUUUUAGCAUAACUCCAGAAGGAGUCUUGCAGGUACCUGCUGCAGGUUUCACUCGUGAACAAGCUGGCAAGACAUUCCCACUAAAAAUCGUGGUUAGGGAUGGUGCUUCAAGACGUUGCGAAGUGCCUCUGUCUAUCCACGUGAACCCUGUUUACCAUAACAAAGUCAGUUUCAGGGAAUCAUCAGUUGCAAGUUCAAUAUGGGAAAGUGUACUACCUUUGACCAAAGUCAUACAGGUCGUAGCAACUGGGAAACCUGUGCUCUACCAGAUCGUCUCCCCAAGCACACGCUAUUUCACCAUUGAACCAGAUACAGGCAUCAUCAAGACCACAUACUACUUAGAUCUGAAAAACAAUCCAAGCUUAGCAAACACCCAGUUGAAGGUGAAAGCUUACAAUAUGUUACAUCCCACUGAUCAAGCCAUCAUCCUUGUCAACAUUACUGUGAAGCAGGAGAACUUGGAAGCACCCUUGUGUUCUCCCGCUGUGUUUGUGACUCAGGUUCCAGAAAACAUUAGUGGCCCCAUAUUGUCUCUGUCUUGCUAUGAUCCAGAGAAUAUCAAUAGCAGCUUAACGUACAAUAUAGUCAACCAGAACCCACCUUAUAGCUUCAAAAUGGAUGGUCCAAAUCUUCAGGUAAAUAGCAGUUUGGACUGUGAUUCAGGAAGUAUGGCCUCUCUUAACUUUCAAUACAAGGCUGACAUUCUAGUGAUUGAUGAAGGAAGCCCUGCACAAACCACCACUGUUUCUGUGCUGGUGACAGCGACACCAGUGAAUGAAUUCGACCCAAAGUGCUCAAAACAUGUAUUCAGUGUACCAGAGAAUACUGAGUAUGGAUACAGCUUUGGCAAUGUCAAUGGCUCUGAUCAAGACUAUCCAUUCAACAAAAUUGAAUACAGCCUAAUGGAUGCGGAUGCUGGAGUUUUCUACAUUAGUAGCCAUACAGGUCAGCUGCAUGUACUUUUGCCCCUGGAUUAUGAAGUACAGAAAGUGUAUCAUCUGGCUGUCAUUCUAAAAGACCUGGGGAAUGAAGCAGCCGACGGUACUCAAAGGACAACAACGUGUAACGUCAUGGUUUUCGUGCAGGAUGUGAACGAUCAUCCUCCUAAGUGUGCAGAACCAUUUUUGGUGCGUUCCAUAUAUUCCACCCAAGCCAGAAAUUUAAAAAUCACCGAUAUUGAUUGUAAAGAUGAAGAGAGUGGAACCGAACUGGCCUACAACAUUGUUCGUGGCAACGUAAAUGGCCGUUUUCGCAUGGUAGGACCAACCCUUUUCCCUAACACCUUUUCCUACAGACCUGAUGGUAUAUAUGAUCCUCUUGUUUUUGUGCUUCUUGUGGAAGUGACAGACAGUGUCAGAUUACCUCGCUUCACCACCACAGUCACAGUUGUUGUUAAUGUGACCCCUUGGGCCACAACUGUACCUACUACCACCAGAACGACUACGACAACCCCCAAGAAGCCGAUUAUUUUGCAUAGAACGGUGACAUACUGGGCACCAGAUGCAUGGUUUGUGGUGGUUCUUACACUCACUGGAGUCCUCCUCUUUUCUGCCUUGGGCCUGCUGUUUUGGCAAUUCUGCCGGAGAAAGUCACCAAGAUCUCAGCCUCUAUUGCAGAACACGAGCAAAGAAGCAGGGAAAAAUUACAAGGUGACAGAAGAAGAAAGGAAGCAGAAAAUGAAGGAUGCCACUGACUUGCAGAGUCUGGAGUACCAAUUUGAUGGCCGGGCUCAAGACCCCAUCUCUGGCCAGUAUUACCUGUUUGACAGCAGCACUGGAGCACGGCGUUGGGUGUGAGCAUGGAGGAAAAUGAAGAGCCAGCUUUCUGGACACCAGCAACUCUUUCUUUGGUAUCUGCUGCCUAUGCUGAUAUGGUGGCACAAGAAUAGCUUUCCAUUAGUUACAAGCAUUUUAAUAAUCAGAGGUUGCCACCUUCUUUUCUUCUAUUGCUAUUCUGGUUUCCAUGGUUGUUUCAUCAGUUAAAUUUUUUUCCCACUACUUGUGGCACUCCCAUAGCUGGAAAUUCUCCAUAUUAUGAGAUGGUAACAAUAGUGAUAUGGUACUAGGUGAAACAUCAAUCACUUGUCCCUCCUUCUUACAAAGCCAUGUGUCUAUGAGAAAGUGCUGUAAUAAAGGCUCUCUAAGUGUUGCUUGAGUGCAGAAGAAUUGUAUUUGGACUGUAGAAUCUGGUUCAAAAACAAAGGGUAACAAUUGAGUUUAAUAUUAAAUUAUAUCUCUGGUUAGGCCUGUCCAUUUCUGUUGUAGCUCGGUGGUUCUGAAGUUUUGUGGCAUUUCACAAUAUAGCAUCAUGUGCAUAUUUAUUUCUGUAUAUUUCAUUUUUCUUGCUGAUUGUUGGGGAUUCUUGAAUAACUGAGAAAUAAUAAAAGAAUUAUGCAGAGCAAUAACCUGUUGGGUGAGUAUUCCAAAGUCAAACUCAGCAACAUGGGAUACAGUAACUGUAAUUUUCUAAUAUUUUAUUCAGUGCAAGUUAGGUUGUAUUCAUGGUGGGGCAUAUUUUUUUUGCAGGUGCUCCCUAGGUAAAGCUUCACUCAUAUUAGUGCUAUUAUAAUAUAAUAAAGAAAAUUAAAAAAUAAAAAAAGCUUUCCCUGACAGAUAAAGUUAUCAGAAGUCAGACAUUUGUAGGGCAUGAAAUAGCAACUUCCAGACCAGCUGUGGUCCAAAUGCCUGCCAGAUUGAUCUCCUUUCUGCUUCAAGGGGAUGUGUUGUAUUUUAAAUAGGGAAGAGAGUGGAAAGCCUUCUGAGAGCAGCUUUCUGCUCAAAACCUGGGAAUUAGUACUGCAGCUUGCCACUAACUUGUAACUAAACUUAUUCUCCUUUAUAUGCUAAAAAAAUUCUGCAUACAAUGGCCAAUGAUUGUAUUUACAGCAUUGUAUUAUUUUAAAUAUUUGGAUAUCAUCUAAGUGUUGAUUGUGCAUGUCUUCCUAACUCUACAGUCUAUAGUAACAUUUUUUCUUUGGUGUGCAGUAGUGACCAGGACAAACUUGUGAUGUGAAAGUGCCCUCUGCUGGAGCAGCCAAUUGAAACAACUUGAUUUGUU